AGACUGGUUAAACUACCUUGAUAAAAACCUGAAGGAAGGAAUGAUAGACCAUGAGGGAGACAAAUGGCAGCCAUUGAAAACUUAUAGAAAUAGUUUACUUCAGCUAGAUGUAGGAGAUCAAGGUAGAGCUACAACUAGAGGUGGCAAGGUUGGUAGAGGACAUAGAUUGAAACCCGCUGGAGCUAAACGUAAAUUACCUAUGGCACCUCCUUCUACUGAGGAUGAAGAAAGUAGUGACAGCCAAUGGCAAGCCAAAGAACACAUGAUUGCACAGAGACAACAACAAUUGCAGCAACACCAACAACAAUUGCAGCAGCAGCACCAGCAUCACUUGCAGCAACAACAACAACAGCAUCACCAACUUCAGCAACAAGAGCUACAGCACAGAGCACAGCAAGUUGAGCAUCAUCAAGGAGCACAGCAAAUUUUAGAAGCAAUGGCUGGUGGUUCUGUGAGUAAAAGAAGACGGAUUGAAGAAGAAGUUAGUUCUGAACGUGGAGAUGAAUCUUCACAAGGAUCAGAAAAAGAUUUUGAUCUCAACAGCAGUGGUAGAGUUAAAUCUCAAUCUUCCCAGCUUUCCUGGUUGAGCAGUCAGAAAAAUAGAAGAUUUAAAGAGAACGUUGAUUAUUCUAUGAGAUCCAUUAGACUAUCAAGGGGUCGUGCUGGUGGCCACCAGGAGGAGGAAGAAGAAGAUGAAGAAGAAGAAAUUGAAGAGGAAAGUUCAGAAGAAGAUGAGGAACAG